AAUUUCCAUCUUUUCCAAACAAUUGCGAGUGAUACACCUGAUGGAAGUACCUUACAGACAUAUAUAGUACAUGUUGAUGGCCCUGAUGGCCUCCCGAAUCGGCUCGAUGAUUUGGAUAGCUGGUAUGACACAUUCUUGUCAACGUUCACGGCAGCCUCAGGUGAGCGGAGACGGAUGAUCUACUCGUAUCAUAAUGUGUUCAAAGGUUUUGCUGCGAGAUUAUCAGCAGAUGAGCUGAAAGCCAUGGAGAAUAAGGUUGGGUUCGUAUCAGCACAUCCUGAGCGGAAAUUGUCGUUGCAUACGACACAUUCGCCGAACUUCUUGGGGCUAAACCAGAACAUGGGAUUUUGGAAUGAGUCGAAUUAUGGUAAAGGUGUGAUUAUUGGGGUCUUGGACACCGGGAUUUUUCCUGAAGUGCGAUUUCAAUGUCACGACAAAGUGCAAUAACAAGCUCAUUGGAGCUCGAUACUUCAAUUCUUUCGAUGGCCCAAUAGAUGACAAUGGCCAUGGCACUCACACGGCCAGCACUGCUGCUGGGAACUUUGUAAGAGGUGCAAAUGUGUUUGGCAAUGCUAAUGGGACGGCCGUUGGCAUCGCUCCGCUUGCUCAUCUGGCUAUCUAUAAAGUAUGUUCUGUUUCUUGUUCGGAAAGUGAUAUACUUGCUGCAAUGGAUGCGGCCAUCGAUGAUGGAGUCGAUAUACUUUCUCUAUCACUUGGUGGAUUUGCAAACAAUUUCUACGACGAUAGCAUUGCGCUAGGCGCAUAUAGUGCAAUGGAGAAGGUCGUUGUCCAAUGA